AUGUCUUAUGAAGGAAAUGAACGUCGGCUACAAGGACUAUUAGAAAACUGCUCAAGUGCUAGCUCCUGUGACUUCGAGAGCGAAGAAGAAAUUGAUAACGUUUCUCAGAGAAGUGAAGAAAGUGAUUCCGAACAAGAGGGUAUUUUGGAUAAUUUGGAAGAGCCGGAAUCUGUGCCGGCGUCUAAUAGUCGUGGAACUUCUUAUACAUCCAAAGAUGGCACAAAAUGGUCAAAAGAUUGUCCUAGACAAAGCGUUCGAGUUCGAUCUGAGAAUAUAAUUACUAAUGCUACAGGCGUAAAAGGUACUGCAAAACUUGCUAAAACUGAGAUUGAAACUUGGAGUCUCUUUAUAACAGACAGUAUGUUGAAUACCGUACUAAGAUGCACAAAUAUUCAAAUAAAGGAUAAAAGGGAAAAACAUCCAAAAACUAAUGAGCAGUAUCACUUGAAAGAUGCAACAGAACGUACAUCUUCCAAGGGAAACACGAAAGAGGAUUGCCGAUCAUUUAGGGGAACCCUCACCACCAUUUCCAAAACAAAUGGCUGGUAA